CAAUACACACCGACGGUCGGAUGAUAGUUCGCGUAAACCAGCGGAUCUAUUAAUAAAAAUGCCACACGAAAUUUGUUUUCAGUUUACAAUUUACGCCGCUGGUUCAGGUCAUUUCAGUUAUUGUUCACCAGCAAGCAUUUAAUAUGGAAAUUAAGAGUCUUGUGGCAUUAGUUGUACUGUUUUCAGUGUUUAAAAGUGGACGUGCCUUGCAUUGCUACACAUGCAACGUAUCUACUUCAACCUUAGACGAGAAUGGUUGUUCCGGUAUCGGAUCGUUAAAAGGUUGUGCGGGUGGUAGUGUAUGUUUGGCUGCCACUUAUGAAAAUGUACAUGAAUCUCCACCUGAAUUAUGUAUUGACAACUCUGAUGGAAAUGAGGAAUCAAAUGUAAUUCUUCAGCAGUUGUCCAUGAAACCAAAACGACAAAAGUCAAUGCACGAAAGGCAACAAAAACUGGCAAUGCACUUUCAAGAUAUUUUAAAUUUUGCUAAUACUGACCAAAAGUUGGAUUUGUUGAAAGAGUUCUCAAUUCUCUCCUGCCCACCUUAGAAGCUUUAGACUACAACACCAUGGCUUUUCCAUCAACUAAACACAUUGUGCAUUAUGAAAAAAUCACACCACAGCAGAGAUUUUGGUCCGCAAAGAAAAAACAAAGUCUGCAAUAAAGAACUCCUCUUUACAGGAAUCAGAUACUAUUGCGGUCGAAUUAUUAUUGGAUGUUACGUGUGCCGGUGUUGCUUGUAUUGUCACAUGACAUGCAUGUUUAAAUAGCAAAAUUUUAUGUGGAAAGAAUCAUAAAGUAAUAUUCUAAGCGAUAUUUAAUCAUUUUAUUAAAUAAAUAAAUGUUUUAAGCAUUUUUUUAAAGAA